AAUUCAAUAUACGGGCAUAAUUACACACAAAAUUGUCCAGAACGUCAUCAUGUCAACAAUUUUACUCUCUGUCGCCUUACUCGCCUUGAUUGGAUGCAGUUGUGCCACGACACCACUCAUUUUGGAACCCUGCAGCGGUGCAAAGCCCGGAAUUCCUGCGGACAUUGUUGCCCAACGAGGGGCUGCCUUAUUCUAUGGGAACGAGUACAGAAGGAGACAUGGCGCAAAACCACUCACUGUGGACCCCACCCUUAAAGCGGAAGCUCAAAAAGAGGCGGAGUACAUGGCUCGGACAGGAAUAAUGAGGUUUAGUGCGUAUUCUACCGGAAACUUGGCCCGUUUUCCUUGCGAUUCCGGAAUCAAAACAAUGUACCCAAUAGAACCCACAAUUCCAGGGGCUGUUUUCUGGUGGACUUUCGAAUUGCCGUUCCACUGUAGAAAUCUAGCCGUUAAUGAGUCCAUUAUUGUGGUGGAUUCAAUCGCUAGUUUUUCCAGAAUGGUAUGGAAGGGCUCAGAGAAGGUGGGAUACGGCGCUGCGGUCAGUGCCGAUGGUUAUAUCUACGUCGUGGCAAAGUAUUCUCCACCAGCCAGUAAAGAUCCAGAUGCAACUCUGAAAAACGUCCAGUGUGUCCCAUAAUUGGAUACUCCGGAAAGAAAAGGACUUCAAUAUGUUUUACCACAGAAGAAAAAUUUAAUAACUUAAUAACCAACAACAUAAGUAAAUAAGUACAUACGUAGUAUCUGAUUGGGAAUAAAGCUUUUUGCAA